CUCUCAUCUUUCUCCUUGGUUUAAUGAAAAUUUUAUUCUGUUUUUUCCCCCAAUUUUCGUGCUGUAUGUAUUCCUCUCUUCCUUUUUUGGUUUUUGUGUUUCUAGACAUGGUUUAAGUUUGUUAUUAAAGUGAAAUGUUAUGUUGGCUCCCUUAAAGUUCAUGUCUUUAGCUUUAUGUUUCUUCUCUUUUCUUGAACAAAGUGGAGAUGCUUAAGAUUGCAUCAGUGUCCCAAAUUCAAGUCUUCCAAUGAAUCGUGCUGAAAGUUUGUCCUUUUUAGACUAAUAUACGCAUAUCUUGUAUGAUUUAUAUUCUAGUCAUAUCGUGUUAUGUCUGUCACCAUCGGUUGGAGCGUAAGACUAGUGGUGGCAUCUCAGUUCUUUGAUGGCUUUUGGGUCAAUUUGAUGAUCUGGAUCAUACUUGCUGGGAAGUUUGUGAAUUUGCUACGUGGGGCUAAUUUUCUGGUGAAGAAGUGAAAUUUGUUAAAAGUGAUAGUGAUUUUUGUCCUGGGGGCUUUCUGUACCAAAAUCCCAAGGAGGCGGGUCUGUUUUUGCCUCUUGGCAGCCAUGUGGAUGUGUAUUUUCCUCCUCGCAAGAGAUCUCGCAUCAGUGCUCCAUUUGUUGUUAGUGGAGUUGCGAAGCAGCAGCCAUCGAUUGAAAUUCUUCCUGAUGAGUGCCUCUUUGAGGUUUUCCGACGUCUUCCUGGAGGCCACGAGAGGAGUGCCUGUGCCUGUGUUUCAAAGCGUUGGCUCAUGCUUUUGAGUAGCAUCUACAGGGAUGAAAUAUGCACCACUGUGACUACCCAUUUUGUGGAGCCUGAGAACAGAUCUGAGUCUCAGAAGGCAGACGAGUUUGCCCAGCCUAAAGAGAAGGGUGAAUUCGACUGUCCGAAUGGAAUCAAGCCUGAAGAUGAAGAAUUUCAGGAGGCUGAUUCUCAUGGUUAUCUCUCUAGAUGCUUGGAAGGAAAAAAGGCUUCUGAUGUGAGAUUGGCUGCAAUUUCUGUUGGAACCGCGAGUCGUGGAGGUUUGGGCAAGCUGUCCAUCCGAGGUAAUACCUCUACUAGUAGAUUGACUGACCUCGGCCUUAAGGCCAUAUCCCGUGGUUGCCCUUCUUUGGGAGUUCUUUCUCUAUGGAAUUUAUCCUCAGUUGGUGAUGAAGGUCUGUCUGCAAUUGCAACCGGUUGUCAUUCUCUUGAGAAGCUUGACCUCUGCCAUUGCCCAGCUAUCACUGAUAAAGGCUUAAUUGCUAUUGCCAUGAACUGUCCGAAUCUAACUUCAGUUACAAUAGAAUCUUGCUUAAACAUUGGUAAUGGGAGCUUACAAGCUUUGGGCCGCACCUGUCCCAACCUGAAGUGCAUUACCAUAAAAAACUGUCCACUUGUUGGUGACCAGGGAAUUGCUAGUCUAUUUUCUUCAGCUGGUCACACCAUAACAAAAGCAAACUUUCAGGCACUCAACAUAAGUGAUGUGUCUCUCGCUGUAAUAGGGCACUAUGGGAGUGCAAUGGUUGAUCUUGCACUUGGUGGACUCCACGGUGUGAACGAGAGGGGCUUCUGGGUUAUGGGCAAGGGUCAAGGUUUACAUAAGCUGAAAUCAUUAUCAAUAGCUUCUUGCAGAGGAGUUUCUGAUGUAGGGCUUGAAGCUCUGGGUAAUGGUUGCCCAAAUUUGAAGGUGUUUGGCCUCCAAAAAUGUCCACUUGUAUCCGACAAUGGUGUGGUGUCGUUUGCCAAAGCAGCUGGGUCACUUCAAAGUCUUCGGUUGGAGGAUUGCCACAGGAUCACACAGUUUGGAGUUCUUGGUAUCCUUGCAAACUGUGGUGGGAAAUUGAAGGCUUUUGCCUUGACAAACUGCUUGGGGAUUCGGGAUAUAGACUUUGAAUUUCCUUUGACAACAAGUUGCUGGUCUCUCAGGUCAUUGACCAUCCGCAACUGCCCUGGAUUGGGUGAUGUGGGCUUGGGCAUGUUGGGUAGAUUGUGCCCUGGUCUGACCCAUGUGGAUCUUACUGGCCUUCAGGGAAUAACUGAUUCUGGCAUUCUACCUCUUGUCCAGAGGUCGGGGGUUGAUUUGGUGAAAGUAAAUCUGAGUGGAUGUGUUAACCUGACGGACAACUUGGUUGCAGAAAUUACGAAGCUUCAUGGGGGAACUUUAGAAAUUCUGAAUCUGGAUGGUUGCAGAUGUAUCACUGAUGUGAGCUUGAAAGCAAUUGCAAGGAAUUGCUCAUUGUUGUCUGAACUGGAUGUUUCCCAGUGCCGAAUAACAGAUUCUGGGAUUGCCAUCUUGGCUGGAGCUGAGCAGCUCUUUUUGCGUGUACUUUCUGUUGCAGGUUGCUCUUUGGUGUCCGACAAGAGCUUACCUUUCUUGGCAUUGGUGGGUAAGUCUUUGGUAGGGUUGAACAUCCAGCAUUGCUGUGGAAUCAGCUGUGGCACUGUUAAUCAGCUCUUGGAGCAUCUUUGGAGGUGUGAUAUACUCUCUUAAGCAGAAACUAUCGAUGAACCCCAUUGAAGAAUUGAAUUGGAAGUCACAGAUGAGGGAGUUGAUCAGGAAUUUCUGCUUUUCCCUGAAGCUUCACAGUCAAACACAGUUUUUGGGCCCACCACAGUUCUUCACUGGUUCAGUCCCGAGUCUACUUUUUCCAGCAAAUAUGGCCAGAUACUCCUUUUUGUAGCUUUCCUUUCUUCAGGAAGCUGUUCCACAGGAUGGAAGGCAUCCUUGUUUUCAUGGCCAUGCUUAGCUGAGAGCUAUGACUGUGGACACUGGAUCUGGAGGUUGUUUAGGUGGUCCUCUCGUAAUGUUUUUAGCUUCUGCCGGUGCAAUGGUCUUGCGCUCUGGUUGAAGGUUUUUACAAUUUGAGGUCCUUGGGUCCUUUUAGUUUUACCGAGUCUUCCAUGUUACAAGUGGUUGUCUGGGUAGAGUGCUUUUGGCGGUUUCACGUUUGUCCCUUGCUUUCGUGGGCUUAGGCUGUGGCAGCAAGUUGUUUUGGUCUGCCAUGACAACCUCUCUGGCACGAGAGAGGGUUGUUUUUUGUUUUCCCAAGUCCUAGUUUUGCAGGAUUCUGUUGUGUGAACUGUUGAUGCAACUCGGUUAUGUAAUUCUCCAUGGAAUUUCACUUUGGUUUGUACCCUUGUGAUCCAAUUUGUCUCAAUAAAAACCCAUAUGUUUUUGUGUAAA